AUGAAGAAGAAUCCAAAUUCCUGCCGCUGGUCGGAGCUCCCGAUGGACAUGUUGAGACAAGUGUUGGAACGUUUGAGUGUUUUGGAUUUGCACCGCGCUAAGAUCGUCUGUUCGAGUUGGUACUUGUGUUCCAAACAAACAGUGCGGCAAAAGAGCGGAUCUCCGUUGCUGAUGCUGUCUCCAGAAGAGGGUGGUUGCGUGCUGUACAAUCCAGACGAAGAUAGGGUUUACAAGACGACGAAGAGUGAGUUUUCAGGGUAUCGAUUCCUGGGAAGCUCAGGUAAGUGGUUCCUGGUGGUAGAUUCACGAUCGAAACUCUAUAUUAUAGAUUUGUUUAGCGAGGAGAGGAUCGAUCUUCCUCCUCUGGAGUCAAUCAAGGAUGGCCUGUAUAGUGUUGAGCGACUAGGAGAUAGAGUUUUCAUGGUUAGAUUAGUGAAGAACUAUUCUGGGGUUCUUGUUCAAGCUGUGGAAGAUCUGAGAGGUGUUUUGUGGGUAGACGACAAGAGUGGAGAGUACGUUGUUGUGUGGCAAUUUGAAUCUAACGGAUUUCUAGGGUUUUGCAAGAAAGGGGAUGAUCAUUACCGUGAGAUUACGACAUGUAUCGGUGUCCGCAGGGAGUUACAAGGCCUAUGUCAUAUGGUACUCAAAGGUUACAGUCUUUACGUCCUAACGAGCCGUAAGUACAUUCGACAACUGGAUUUGUCUGGACAAGAUGGUUUCAAGGAUGUGUCCGAGAAGCACAGCAUCGCUGUGACAACAUCAGGAGAGGCUUUGUAUGUCCGUAGCAAAGCUUACGAGACGUCAACAUUGGAAAGGCUUAGGACGUUCCACGUGUUCAAGAGGGAUCCUAAAGAUCUAGACCCGAGUACCAAGGACACAAGGCUUGUUGAGUUAGAUUCUCUUGGUGAUGAAGCUCUGUUUCUUGAUUUGGGUGUCACAGUGAAAGCUGACCAUAGCCUUGGUGUUGAGCCAAACUCCAUAUAUUUCACACUUGGUGACCGUAUCCAUCACAAUAAAGUUCCAUGCAUGGACAUAUGUGUGUACAAUCAUGGAACAAAGAACAUCAAACGCUUCCAUGGUCUCUCCAAGUUAAACGUCAAGGAUGCUCAGUGGUUUCUCCCUCGGUGA